AUGGUCUUCACACGCGAUGACUAUACGGUCGCAUGGAUCUGCGCCUUGCCGCUGGAAAUGGCGGCCGCAAAGGCCAUGCUGGACGAGGCUCACCCUCCACUCCCCCAGCCAGAAACUGACCACAAUGUCUAUAUACUUGGUAGUGUUAGCAGCCACAAUGUAGUGGUGGCCCCCUUGCCUUCCGGUGUCUACGGAACCAUAUCUGCCUCAACUGCGGUAUCACACAUGGUUUCCACCUAUCCGAAUAUCCGAUUUGGGUUGAUGGUGGGUAUUGGUGGCGGAGUCCCGAGCCAAAGUGCUGAUAUUCGCCUUGGUGACGUUGUAAUCAGCAAGCCAACUGCCACUUCAAGUGGUGUUAUCCAAUAUGACUAUGGCAAGACACUUCUAGGUGGACGAUUCCAGCACACCGGUGAUUAUAUGACAGGGAAAAGGCCAGUUAGUAAGAUCUUGAUUGAUAUACAGCACAAAUGUGAAGAGAUGAGAGAAAGAUUUUCGCGACCGAAAGAUGACUGGCUAUUCCGACCGACAUACAAUCAUAAGGAUGGCGGACACAACUGUUCAGCAUGUGAUCACACCCAGCUAGUGAACCGUCCAGAGCGAAUAACUGAUGGACCUUAUUUCCAUUAUGGCUUAAUCGCUUCCGGUGAUCAGGUCAUGAAGGAUGCCAAGACUCGAGAUUCUAUUGCUCAGGAUCUAGAUAUACUCUGUUUUGAAAUGGAGGCUGCUGGGCUCAUGGACGAACUCCCAUCACUUGCCAUUCGAGGUAUCUGUGACUACUGUGAUUCCCACAAAAAUAAACAGUGGCAAGGAUAUGCUGCCCUUGCUGCUGCUGCCUACGCGAAGGCUCUUCUAUCAAUGGACGGACCUGGCAGAGUUGCUAUCUGCGGACUAGGUGGAAUUGGGAACACUCAGAUUGCACUUGAACUGGCAUACCGCAUGCGAAAACGAGACCCUGAGUGCUCGAUUUUCUGGGUCACGUGUACCAGCUAUGAGAGUGUAGAACAAGCCUAUAUGAGUAUCGCCUCAAAGCUAGGAAUGGCUGAUAUAAAGCCGGCAGAGGUAAAACAAAAAAUCAAGGCUUGUCUCAGCCAGGAGAGUGCUGGAAAAUGGCUUCUCCUUUUUGAUAACGCAGAUGAUAUGGAGAUGUGGGGCAAGGACAACACUAAUAAUCCAGUAUUGACAGACUUUCUUCCUCAAAGUGAGCAGGGCCAUAUUCUCUUCACCACACGCAGCCGGAAGGUAGCUGUGAAACUAGUGUCUUCCCAUGUAAUAAUAAUCUCUGAGCCGGACACAGAGACUGCUGUCAAAAUUUUACAAAAGUCACUGGUUGAAAAAACCUUACUUAAUGAUCAUGAUACAACCAUUACUCUUCUUGAGCAGCUGGCCUUUCUCCCGUUGGCGAUCACCCAGGCGGCAGCGUAUAUCAAUGAAAACAGCAUUGGCCUCUCUGACUAUAUUAUACUUUUACAGGAGCAGGAGCCUGAUGUGAUUGAAUUGCUGUGUGAAGACUUUGGGGAUGAAAGGCGAUACAAAGACACCCAGAAUCCUGUUGCGUUAACCUGGCUCAUCUCAUUUCAGCAAAUUCAGCAAUCAAAUGAACUCGCGGCAGACUAUCUGUCAUUCAUGGCCUGCAUCAACCCUCGCGGUAUUCCGCAGUCCUUACUUCCCCAGCCAAUCUCAACUAAGAAGAGAAUUGAUGCCAUCGGCCUCCUCAAGUCCUUCUCCUUUAUUAUCCAUCUUGCAAUUCGGAACUGGAUGAGAAAGAGCCAACAGUUUAGCCGGCAUAUAUUGAAAACUGCAGACCGAUUGAGCGAAGCUUUCCCGAACCAUGACCAUACCAAUCGGAAGGUGUGGCGGGAAUAUCUACCGUAUGCGUUUUCACUAAUAGCAGAGGCUGACUUCCAGAAGGAGCAGGAGAUAUAUAUUAAUUUAAUUAUGAAUAUUGGGAACUGUCUAUAUAGUGACGGCAGAUGGGAGGAGGCAGAAGAGCUGGACCUACAGGCAUUGGAGCUCCGUAAGCAAGUGUUGGGGCCAGAGCAUCCAGACACUCUGACCAGCAUGGCUAAUCUGGCAUCAACAUACCAAAACCAGGGACGAUGGAAGGAAGCAGAAGAGCUGGAUGUACAGGUGAUAGAGCUCCGCAAGCAAGUGCUGGGCCCAGAGCAUCCAGACACUCUGACCAGCAUGAACAACCUGGCCUAUACAUGGAAACUACUAGGAAAGGUCCAAGAUGCCUUAGCUCUGAUGGAAAAGUGUGUAGAGCUCCGCUGCAACUUGUUAGGUCCAGAUCACCCACAUACCAUAUCCUCCUCUAACGCUCUCAGAGACUGGGAAAGAGCAAUGAAUCCCCUACCAAAGAGACUAAUAGAGGAAACUUCAGCGGCGGCAAAAGCCGGGCAUUCAAAAGGUUUUUCGCGAGACCAUUCAGAAGAAAAUGAUCUACGUUAA